CUGGCACGUGAUCAUAACGGACCAAUCACGAAAUAUUAAUGGCGACGUCUAUAGAGUCGGUCAAAUUGUAAAGAGUGUUAAUAUUUUACCGUUUAGAUGUAUUAUGACGGUCAUUUAACAACAGGACAAGGAUAAAACAAAAUUGAAAGUGACGAAAUCUAAGAUUCGAUUGUCUCUUCUUUGAUUCUUAGAGGGUUAUACUAAUGGAUGAUGAUGAUGGCGCAGUAACACCUACCAGGGAUGAAAACUCUGAUAUAGAACACAGCAAUGAUGAAGUAACCAAUGCUAGUGAUAAUGAAAAGUCCCAGGAAAUUCCUGGCGAUGUGGAACACCAUGAUCGAUUCAUUUCUCCAGAUGGAAGUGAUGAAAUUAACGUGAAUAAAGAAGAAUCGGAUGUUGAGGAUAAACAGAACACAGAUGAUUCUAACAGUCCUACUUCACCUGAUAACGAGGAUGAUUUAAACAGCCCUUCAUCUCCCCAAAACAAAGAUGAUUUAAACAGCCCUUCAUCUCCCCAAAACAAAGAUGAUUUAAACAGCCCUUCAUCUACCCAAAACGAAGAUGAUUUAAACAGCCCUUCAUCUCCCCAAAACAAAGAUGCUAUAAACAGUCCUACUUCUUCCCAAGAUGAGGAAGAUUCAAACAAUCUCGCUUCUCCCCAUAAUGUGAAUGAUGAAAAUGUGACAAAUCCAAGUAAAGAUGAUAUAAAUGAAGAAAAAGGUGAUGUAUGGGAAGGCAUGGAGGAAGGGCAUGGAAAUGAGGAAGAAGAAGCAGAUGAAGGUGCAAAAAGUGAGUCCAAUAAAGAGUCUGCAGCUGAUGGUAAUACGUCUGCUCCAAGUUACGAAGAAAAUCAAACUGAAGGAAAUUCCUCUGAAAUUGAAAGUGAGCAAAAAGAUGAGAAUGAGGAAGUGAAUGAAAAUUUGGAAGAUAGUCAAACAGGGAAUGACACGUCUCAGGAGAGUAUUGAAAACACACACUCUGGUAGGACUUCAUUUGAAAAUACAGCAGAAAUUUCAAAUCAAGAUGAGUUGCAAAGUAGUCUUGCAGAUGAUAUGCAAUCUGUUGGUAGUGUGGAAAAUGACAAGAUUCUGUCCCCAAAUAUGUUAUCUCAAGUGGAGAAUAGUAAUAUGGAAGGACUAGAACCACAAACAGAAAGUGAACCCAUUCCUGUCAGAAACAUUGAAGGAAGUGAUAUUGAGAGUGAUGAAGACAUGAACGGAUGGGAUGAGGAACAGAGCAAACAAUCGGUUGAGGAAGAGGAAAUGGUUACUGACAGUAUAGAACACACAGUUAGAGAAAAUGAGGAUUCUAUGGAUGUGGAUGAUUAUUCAAAGGAACAUUUAGUGACGGGAACGGAUGAGGUGUCAAGCGACGACGAAAAUGAAACUUUGUCAAAUAAAGAGCCUCAGUCUGAUGCAAGUCAAGGAAAUGAAGUAAGAAAGAGAGAAAAUGAUGAGGAAAUUGUGGGGAAAAUUAAAGUUGUGGAUAAUCCUCUGUCUCCUGCUGAGGACAUCAGUGAUAGCGAGGCAGGUGAACUGUCUGAUGAUGAGGAAGGUGGAGAAAAAGAAGAAUACGGGGAUAAAGAUGAUGAUAUUGAUGAUUGGGAUUUGGACUUGACAAAAAAAGGUGAUAAUGUACAAAAUGACAGGCCUUUCGCAGAAACUGAAGAUAUAAAUAGUCCUGAAAGUGACCUGGCAGAAAGAGAGAAAACGCCUGUAAGGGAUUUAGAAUCAGCUGCAUCCCCAAUUUCUGAGGAUGGGAACUUGUCUGACAUUGACAUGGAUAAGAGGAGGCGUGAAAUGUACAAUGACAUAUCAGAUGAGGAGGAAUCUUUCAGUGAUGAUGAGAAAGUGGAUGUUUAUAAAGUAGACAAUGUGGUCAAAGAAGCAAUCCGUACAAAUGAGGGGACUCAUAAGAGGACAGAGGUGAAGAGAGAUAGGAAUAUAGAGAAAUUUCAUAGUCAGAGCAGCAUGAGCGAGGAGCAAGUGGAGUUGGAUUAUGAUGAGGAAGUUGGGGAUGAGGAUGGGCGUGGUCAUGAGGACAAAGAGAAAAUGGACGAAAGCAGAGCUGGGGAAAAUGAAGUGGAGAAAAAAGAGACUGAGGAGGGUGAAGCACAAUCUGAUGAUGGUGAAUUGGAUGAUGAUGAGGAUUGUGAGGAGGGGGAGAUCAGGGAACCAGGGACUAGGAAACCAUUCAUUCCACCAAUCUGUCGAUUCUUUACUCGUGGGGUCUGCACUUGGGGAAACAACUGCAGAUUUAUUCACCCUGGAGUUAAUGAUAAAGGUAACUACAGGAUGAUAGAGCGGUCAGAGUUUGGACCAUCCAAUUAUGGACAGGGCAGCGGUCCUUGGCAAGGCCCAGGAGAGAAACCUGCAACUGAGGACAUUGAGGAAGAAGAGUUACCUCCACCUCCCAUGCCCCCGAAAGUAGAAACAGCCUGGGAGAGGGGACUGAGACAUGCUAAGGAGCAAUUGAAGAAAGCUAAUAUGAGAAAAGAGCAGGAGACAGAUUUUGAGCACAAACGAUUGAAUUUAUCUGUGGAAGAAGAGAGGGAACUUAACAAAGAGAAUGACCGCUACAAGAACGUGCACAAAGACCCAUAUUAUGACCAAUACGAUGAUGAAUAUUAUGACAAGCUGCCUUCUAAGCGGUCACCUAGUCCUAUAGGUUGGCAGCAUGGUCAAUAUGAAAACUUCGAGGUCCGCUGGACGAGGGAGCCAGAGUGGGUACCACCACCUCCAGUGCCUCAUUAUCACAGGGAACGAGAACAUCAGAAGUUUAUCAGGGAGCCAUUUCCUGUCCGACACCCAGCAGAAAGAAGGUUUGAAAGGAAACCAGCCUCACACAGAAAUAAACAAUGGGUGGAGGAACCCCCACCCCGGGAGACAAGGGAAACUCCGAUACACAGGCACACAGCUGACGUUUGGCAUGACCCGUGGAGAAGGUCGAAGUCGCCAAAAAAGAAACCCAGAGGUUCCAGAAGUAGAUCACGGGGAAGGCGACGAUCCAGACGAUCAUACAGUUACUCAUCUUCAUUUUCAUCAAGUUCAUUUUCCGGUUCAUCACGUUCAAGGUCAAGGUCAUCAUCCUAUAGUUCAUAUAGCAGUCGUUCUUCAGGGAGUCGUACCUCAUCCAGUUCAAGAUCUCCAACCAGAUCACCACUUAAACAUGCAGGAGGUCCACAAGGCAGACAGCCUCAAAACAGACAACCACAAAACAGACAACCACAAAACAGACCGCCUCAAAAUAGACCACCUCAAAACAGACAGCCUCAAAACAGACAGCAACAAAACAGACAGCAACAAAACAGACCGCCUCCAUUUAAAGCAGAUAGUGGAAAGCCAAGAAGUGCCGUAUCUGGUCCACCAGGACUACCUGGACCAAUCAGACGACAAACCAGUCAGAAUCAAGGUGGUCCUCAAGGUAAACUACCAUCUGCAGGUCCACCAUUAGAUAGACAGCGUUCCCAGCCAGGGAUACAAGGAGGACCCCCACAAGAACCUGAUCGUGGUAGGACUCCCAAGAAUAAAGCUGGGCCUCCACCUCCACUGCAGCCACCACAGCGAGUUCCACAACCACAACGACCUUCAAGACAAAAAAGAAGACACAGCAGCAGCAGUAGAUCACGGAGCAGGUCCUCCUCAUCUGGAUCCUCGCGGUCCUCCAGUGCCAGCAGUGUGUCCUCAGUCAGCAGUCACUCUUCAAGCAGCUCAUCUGGAAGUGCUGACUCAGAGCACCUUUAUCGAGGUGUGGGUGGAGCCAAGGAAGGGUCACCUGUUUCUCCAAAGAAGAAAAAAGUAAAGACAGCCAAAGGCCUUGAGCCACCAGCUAAUAAAGUAGAGAAGAAACCCACAACACCAAUGGGCAGUAGGUCCUCCAAAGGAAGCCGCAACGAACCUAGUCAAGCUCCAGUAACCUCAAAACCUAAAGACCCACUGAAGGUGGUGGGGUCCAAACAGAACAUAAAGUUAACUCUACUAAAUAAGCCUGCAGAGAAAGAAAAGCCAAGUGGGUUGGGGUCGAAGAAAAGACCAUCAACAGAUUUGGAUGUUCCUCCUGCCAAAAGACCAGCCAUUGCAGUUCCAUCACAACCAAAACCAGACAAGAAAGUGAAGAAACCGGAUAAGCCUGUCAGUACAGCUCCUCCUACUCCACCAGUAAAGGCAGCUCCUCCUCCCAGGCCAACUCCAGCCACAAAGAAUCCUCCUAAAGGGCCCCAGGCAGUGGCUCCUCCCCCCAAAGAGAAGAAGAGCACAUCGUCUCGUCGAGAAGAGCUCCUGAAGCAGCUGAAGGCUGUGGAGGAUGCUAUUGCUCGCAAGAGAUCCAAGAUGAAUUGAUAAAGUGGGACAUAGGAUUUUAAUCUCUAUACAGAUCAUGGCAUUUUUUCUUUAAUAAAUUAAAAAAACUCCUUUUUAUUAUAUGGAAAAAAAAAACCCAUGUUUUUGGAACAUGAAUUCACUUAUCUAUUUAUGGUGUUCACAUCACUGCAAACUAGUUAUAUUUGAAACUUUUAUGAAUGGAAGUUUGAUUUAUUAUGAAUUUUUUGGGAAAAUGGUCGUUUUCACCAUGCAUGCUUGUUGAAAUGUGUGAUGUGUACAUUUUUCUAAAGAGAAGAUGAUAGUUCUUUGAAUACAGAGUGCAUUUUAUGAUUGACUGUCCAAAAGAGUUGGAAUAGAUAUGGUGAUAUUUUUUCUUGCUACAUGGCACAUGACAUACUCUAUGGUAUAAGAUACAUGUAGAUAUAUAUUUUCUAAGUUCGAUGGAGAUUGUAAUUUUUGAGACGAAUGUUCUGCAGAUGAUUACAUGUAUAUGUGUGCUAGUUUACGUAUUUAUUGUUUAUUACACUAUCGCCUUUCGCAGCUAUCGAAUGUAGCGGUGGUGUACUGUAGUAGCGGUGGUGUACUGUAGUAGCGGUGGUGUACUGUGUACAUAUUCACUGCUCAGAAUUCCCCGUUUUACAUAGAGCCACUGUGAGAGUACAUAUUCACUGCUCAGAAUUCCCCGUUUUACAUAGAGCCACUGUGAGAGUACAUAUUCACUACUCAGAAUUCCCCAUUUUACAUAGAGCCACUGUGAAGAGAACAUAUUUUAAUCAUGGUGAAUUUUCAUACAAGAAAAUAGUGGAAUGGUAGUUUUACUCAAUCAAACCUUAGAAUAACUUUUAAGCUUGGAAGAAGAAAAAACCAUGAUCAGUUAAUCCGGGUUUUUGUUGUUGUUUUCUUUUAGUACAUAUGCUUACUUAUUCAAAUGAUGUCAGUGAAAGGAGAUAUGAAUGUUAUUUACAUUUAUUAUGGUUUAUGUGCUGAAACAUCACUAGUACAGAAAUUUUGAUUUCUUGAUGUUUACUUUGAUUUUUGAUAUACAUGUAUUACAUCUGUCGAUGUCUGGAGAUGAUUCAGUUUCAGGAUAUUGUGCAGACAUUGUACAAAUACUAGUAUUAUGAAAUAAAGUCAAUGAUUUGA